GCGGGACGGAAGGGGUGAUUGAUGUGAGAAGAGCGGGAGGCGGCGGCAGAGAGAAGUGUGAACAAUGGAUGAAGAUUUCAGUGCUCCCUUGACGCCUUCAUCACUCACUGAGAGCUUAGAGAUGGCUAUGGAAGUGGAGAGACAAUGCGCCAGACUCCUGAGUUUCUCCUGCGCAUCAGACAUCACAAACGGAGGAAAAAGCUUUUCUGCUGAUUCUUACUUAGCAAGUGGGUCUCUUAAGAGGGUUUUGCUGGGGCUGGAUCCUUUUCCAACUGACUAUGAAGAAGACAUCAUAGAGUUAUUUGGUUUCCAGUGGGUCACCGAAACUGCUUUAGUUGAGUCUUGUACGCUUCUCUUUGGAUUAUUUAGGCAACAAAUACACAAAUUGGAAAACCUCAUUCCACCAAGUUUAUCUGACUUUGGUCAGGCUGCAGAGCUUCACUGGGAAGCCCAAAACAUCAGGCAGCAGUGCAUUCAGUUCCUGCAGUAUGUGAAAAUGUUCAUCUUCAGAUAUCUGGUGCCACACGAAGCAGAAGAUGAGUUGCUUCAUCCGUUUGAAAAACAGGAAGCACAAUUCCCUUCAUUGCUUGUUGAGGAACUCCAUUCUUUGACAUUGCACAUUGGACACCUGCAUGAACUCCCUAGUUGUGUUCUCGGAGGAUUGACUGUUCUGCCACAAGCAAAGUUAUUUUCCCCAUCAUGGCAUCUGAUGCAUCUUCAUCUAGACAUCCACUGGUCGUUGUUGGAAAUUCUUCAUCUUCUUGGUGAAAAGAUGCCAAGGCAAACAGUGUAUGCUCACAGGUUCUCAAAUUUAACAGGUGAAAAUUUAACCAAUAUCAGUUUGUUUGAAGAACAUUGUGGAAACCUCAUCUAUGAUCUGAUAAGUUUGGCAGCUAACAGAUAUACAAAGGUAAGGCCCUCUGAAGCUCUAACUAGUCACCACUACCCUUGCACAUGUGUAAAAGAAUUGUGGAUUUUGCUUAUUCAUCUGCUCAAUCACAGAAAUAAAGGAUCCCUUACAGAGUCUUUUUGGAGCUGUUUGAAUAACAUUCUAAAGGAUGUAUUUGAAAAAAAGAGGCAUACAGAAGCAGUAUCUGCCUUCAAAUCAAUUCCAUGCAAGGACCCCCUGACUUUUUGUUGGUGGCUUAUAACUCACUUGGCAUUACUUCACCAUGUUGACCGCAAUGGGAAUGUAGAUGAAAAGAAACCAAUAGACUCUAACUGGUCCUAUGUGGAAGAUCUAUUGAAGCAGUCCAUCGAUAGUCAAGCUGGAAUAUUAGAGGAACAGUUACGAACGCAUCUUCAGUGCUGUUUGACAUUAAGUCGUAUCUGGGAUAUGAACCUCUCAGCCGUCACCAUACUCUGGGAACAUUAUAGCAAGAAUCUGAACAGUCACUUUACUAUUCCUUGGUUUGGUCUCAAAGGUCUUACAAAUAUUAGUAAAACACCCAUGUCUAUGUAUGAGUCAGUGAAGAGAUGUUGUGGCGACAUACAUACUCCUGACAUGUAUACCACCAGCAAUAGUUACCAGUUUUUUCUUCACAUUAUGGUACAAGUAGUAAAGAAAGCAGUGAAGACCAAUGGCACUCAUCCCUGGAAGCAGAUCAAAGGAAGAAUUUAUUCCAAAUUCCACCAGAAAAGAAUGCGAGAACUGACGGAGGUGGGCCUGCAGAACUUUUUCCAUCUUUUCCUUGUGCUGGCAGCUAUAGCAGAGACAGAGGACGUUGCCAGCCGCGUGAUGGAACUUCUGCAUUUCCUUAGUCCAGUUUCUACAAGCCUUUCUCUGAGAGCUUUGAUCUGGAAGGGCUACUUUGCCUUCAUCUUAACGUAUGUUGAAAGGAACAUGGAUAUCAGUGUGCUAGCUGAGGAGGUCUCGAAUGCCUUCCACAAAAAGGCAAAGGAAUUCUUAAUUGCCAGAAACGACCCCUUACAGAAACAAAACCUCUGGGUGCUGCUUUCCACUUACAUUGAUGGCGUCCAAGAAGUUUUUGAGACCAGCUGCCACUUGCACCUUUCCGAAGAAAAGCUGCUAAAUGAUGGCUUUAGUAUGCUGCUGCCUGGUUGCCGAGGAGCUGAACUUGCAAGAGUGUUUAGCUUCUUGCAAGAUGUUCUGUUCAGACUGAGGACUGUGCACAAAAACUUAAACCAAGGACUGCCUUCGGGGAAUACAGGCCCAAAUGCUCAGUUGUCGUCGGUGGCGAAAGAGCACCACCUUGCUGUUGGCAAAGCUCUCUGGAGAAAUUUCUUUCCCUUCUUGAAGAGCCAGAGAAUGCUGCAGACGCCUUGUUCCCAGCUUGCAGAUACAGCUGCAGGUUUUACUUUACUGGCUUUGGAUUUGCCCAGCACAUGUACAUCAGAUCUUCAGCCUCAACCAGUUUUAUCAAUGAUGCAGUUGUUUGGGUGGGAUGAUAUGGUUUGCCCUCUGCUGGUUUCAAGGUAUCUAAGCCAUGUAAUACAAAACAGUGAAUUGUCUGAAGCUCUUACUAGAAUGGGUCAUAUGUCCUACCAACCCUUGUUGGUACAGUCUUGGUUUCGAUGCGUUUUGCAAAUGUUUAUCGAUCAGCCUCCUGAUACUUUGAUCAGGACAGAUGUUGAGCGAACAGCUGAUAAGGCUUAUAUGGAACAACUGACCGAGCUCACAAGAUUGAUAUUAAAACUUCCAGAAGUUAGAGAUAUCUUUGCAAAGGCUCAUGUUGAUGAUUCACUCUCCAAACAAGACCCUAAUGAAGCUGUUUUUCAGUUUGUUAAGGCUGUUGGUAAAAAUUACAGUGGACUUCAGACACUAGCUGAAAAAUCAGCCAUGGUGGCAAAGGCACUGGAAUACCUUGGUGAUGUAUUAAAAUAUGUAAAACCCUACUUGACAAAGAAAGGACCUGCGGAAGGAUUGCAUCUCACCUACAGAAUUAUAGGAUGCCUUGUGAAGUCUUGGGCACCCAUACUGGCUACUUCCAAAGCACAACAGCUCUUGUUCCGCAUAAUAGAUUGCUUGCUCUUGCCACAUGCUGUGCUCCAGCAAGACAAAGAGCUGCCUGCAGCGAUGUUGUCUGCCAUUCGGGAGAAUCUUCCUCUGUUUCUUCAGGGCUUGUCAUUUAUAUGCUGCCAGUCUCAGACUCAAGGGGCCUAUUUGAAUCAGUUGCUAGGAAAUGCAGUUCAGCAGUAUUUUGGGCGCUUCCUCUCUUCCUCACCUUCCGCUCCUCGAGCUGGACAGCAACACCCUGUUUUGCUGGCCAUAUGCAGCAGCAGCACCAUCCCAGGAGUCUCGCAUCUCCGUAAGACCACUAUGCAAGUCAUCAGUGAAAGUUACCUGUCGUUCAAAGGUCAUGCCCCUCCUCCUCGCCUGGCUUCAGUUCUUGCUUUCAUUAUUGAAGCAUUCCGGAGGACCAAGAGCAUUGAAAUGUGUGAUGUUCAGCUGCUCCUCCCUUCUGUGUUGAAAUGCCUUGUGCUGGUUAACGAACCACAAGUUAAAAAACUGUCUACAGAGAUUCUACAGUGCGUUGUAGAAGGCUGCCAAGCGGGGUCAGGAGGAGAGCUUGCCACCCAGCUGACUUCUGUGUUUAGGCAGUUUAUCCAAGAUUACACUACUGUGUAUGAUAAUCAAGUUUACAGCAUCUUGGAAGCAGUGGCAGUCUUGGACCAGUCUCUAGUUAUCAGCCUGAUUCCGGCUAUGACAGAGGCCCUGAGGAAUUCAGAGUACAAACAAGGUCUUGGCAGAAACACUGUGCAAAGAGAAGCCUAUAAAAGACUCUUAUCUCUGCUCGGAGAGGCUGGACAAAUGGAGAUACUGAAGCUGGGGAAUGAAACGCAUUAGCAGCACGCCGAUCGUUAUUUUCAGCGCAGUCAUUGCAAGGAAUGCUGGUCCGUCAUGGAGACUGCCAAUUCCCUGUCUACAGGUGGACGCUGUCUUAGCUUUAAAAUGUGUGUACGUUGUCCCUCGGCAGCCUUGUAACGUUUUAACACUGCACGCAACGUGGGUGGGGUGAGGAAGUAGCGCCGAUCUUUUCCUCUUUUCAUACGGCGGACUGCAAAACCAUUGAAUCGUAGUAGCAAGGACUAUCAGAAGGUAAUGACAACAACUAAAGGAAAGUUGAUGACUUCAGGUACUGUUGAAGUUCCCCCCCCCUUUAAAGCAAAAAUAGUCAAAGGGCAGCAGCAAAGGUAAUCUCCAACAGUAAAGUUUUUUCUGCUCUAAUGAAUCAAUACGCUGUGGCUGUCAGGCCUUUCAUUCUGACACCUUGAGUGAUGUUUUGCUCACAAACACUUCAUAUGAGCUUGGCCGCUGCGAGGGGGUUCAAUCUAAGCAAGGCCAGGGUUAGGUCAGGAUGCUUCAGCCCCCUUAUGUUAACAGAAGAGCGGGUGUCCGUGUUGCGUGGAACGGUGACAGCUGUCCUCACAUUGUCCCUGUAUUAAAAAUGUGUAGAUGUGCACUGCAGAAUUCGACCUCUUAACCCUCCUCUCUGUUGUCCUUGUACGGUUUUGCUCCUCGUACGGUGGAGCGAGCCGCACUCCCAUACUUGAAUAACAAGGGCUAUUGCAGUUAUAAGGAUUUCUACCCAGGUCACUAUACAAAUGUCAUCAAUUCCUUUUCUCCCCACCACCCCAAUUUUCUAUUAUCAGUAUAAGAAUCCCUAGCAAGGAAAAAAAACGUUUCAACCAGAUUCUAAGACAGGGAGCAAGGAAUGCAGGUGCAAAAACAUCUUAAUUCAAAUCUCUGCUUACUUUUUUUUUUGCAUCACAUAUGAUUACAUUUUGUACGUAGUAAAUUGGAUUUGUUAGAUAUUUCAGAAUGUUUAUGGUAUUUUAUCCCUACAGUUCUGAGCUCUAUCAUAAUUCUCCCUGUAAUUUCCAAAUUUAUUUGAUGUAUAGAAUUCACGCUGCCAUUAAAUUACACAAUCUUAGCAACUUACAAGUCAUUUGAAUUGCAGUAGUGAUUUGUAUGGACUUGGCGGCAAAGUCAAAACUAACUUUUCAGAGUUAAUGAUGAAAGACUGUUUUUUUUGUGUGUGUGUGUGUGUGUCUAUCAAUUACUACCAUGGAAACUUCUCCAUAAUCUUGUUCAGAGCCUUUCUGUAUUGUUACCGUAUUCUUAUGUAAAGGUAGCAGAUUAUCUCUUUCCUAAAUCAACUAUCAUUACUUCAGAUAAUACAGUAACUAAAAGCCUCUCUUAGGCUACUUAAUAUUGCAGAGCAUGGAGGUUCUUUUCAUUAUGAAAGUGACUUUUUGAACCUGCAUUGUAGCGUCUUGUAAGCUCCUACACCUGGGAGUUUUAUUCAUCUCAAAAGGCCUCCAUUUCUUGAGGGGGAAAAAUUAAGCCUCUUCAAGUGAGAUGCCUUCAAAAUCUGAGUCUCAGAUAACGUCUUUAAGCAUAGAUUUCUUCAAAAUAAAGCCUCUGUCUUCUGAAAUAAUAGAACAAACUGUUUAACUGAACAGAGUGGUUUUUAUUAUUUCCAGAAUACAGUAAUUAAUACUUAACUGGGAUUUCUUUUUUUUAAAGGUUUAUGUACAAGUAACAUUGCUCUCAGUGCAUAAAAAAUUACUUCUUAAUGUUUCCAGUUAAGCAGUCAGUUUAAAGAUUUAUUAACAAACUACCUUUCAAAAUACUAUCAAAUGACCACUGACCAAUGAUCAUUUAUCUGUGGCUAUAUGCAAUAGAUAGGAUUAAUUGCAAAUGAGGUUUGUAAGGUGUUCUGCUAGCUGGUUAACUAGAGAACUUCCAGAAAGUAGGAAACUGAAAAAGGGAUUCUACAGCCCACAAAAAAUGAUGGAAACUGAGCUGCAUUGAUCCGUUUCUGUGUUGUAUAUAUUUGUGUGUGGAUGCCAAAAGUUGUUUAUACUCAUUUUAACAUUGCUUUGUUAUAAAGUUGUUUUGUUUUUAUGGUAAAUUCAUUUAUAAAAUUCAGGACCACAAAUUCUGACUAUGGAACCCGCUUCAAAGCAAGUAUGGGACAGAAUUAUGUUACCCUGAUUUAUAAUUGCAUGUCUAGAAAGAUUGAUGUCAGUGUAACCACCGUACAGUAUUCUAACUUAUUUGAUUGCAAACUAAAAAUCAUUUUAUUGUGACUUGCUUCUUAACCUGUUUCUGUUUUAAACUAUGUCUGGCUUUGAAAAGGUGUGACAGCUGUUGCUGUGAUCACAUCAAACUGAUAAAAGGAGCCCAUCAGUAGACUGCGUUCCAGAAGGUCCACUGUGCAUGUAUUACUUUAUUAUUCUCAUCUGUAUAAAGGGGAAUGUUCCACAUUGCAGUGGGGAAUUCUUCAUAGAAGAAUGAAGGAAGCCCCUGCAUGUAUGCUUUGGAGCAGGGGGGGGGGGGUGUCCUAUUAGAUCACCAGCUGUUACUAUUUAAAAAAAAUAUCUUCAGAAAGUAUACUGCUAAUUAACUCCUGAACCAAAUCUGUUUGACCCUAGUAAGGAUCUUGGUACCUGCAAAUCUCAACUAGUCAAUUUAUAGUUAUUAGUAGAUAACAGUUGGGGCCUGCAAAACAAUUGUAGCAGAUCCAAGUAGAAUCCCACCAAACUCUUUAGUGGGUGACAGAAUCAAAUGAAGGCUCCUUUUCCAUCCGUCUCGUUUCCUCCCCAACUAUGUCAUCUUUUCCAAGGCAGUAGAUUAGCGAGAAGGAAUAGAAUCAUAGAAUUGUAGACUUGGAAGGGACCCUGAGGAUCAUAGUUCUUCAACCCCCUCACAAAGCAGGAAUAUUCAGCUGUCCCUUACGGGGAUCGAACCUACAACCUUGGCGUUAUCGGCACCAUGCUCUAACCAACAGUGCUGGUAUCUGUGGUAUGUGUCAUCAGUGGGGGAGGGGCGUACAUGUGUCCAUUGAGGCCUUUCCUAGCAUCCACAGGGCUUCUUUCCCAACUGAAUUAGGCUUGAAAGAAGCAUUCUGUUGUAGCCAAUAGGAAACAGUUGUGUUCUGCAUACCACAGCUGUUUCUUCAGUUUGCAGAUGAACUCAUAGGCACCAAAAUGGACACUUCUAUAAGUAAGUGAAAUGUAUUGCGCUCAGCCAGAAUGCAUACUUCCUCUUCUUGCAUUCCAGUCCACUCCUGUAUAUACAUGUUUCAUGCAAUUUUCAGAACUUUGGAGAGGGCUUGGGACUUUUAAGUGGGAAGCCUAUUGGACUUGGCCCCAUUUUAUUUUUCUGCAAGGGGAGAGUGCACUUGGUGGAGAACCUUACCUGACCAGUUUCCAUCAUCAGUAAUCAGCAUGCUGAUGAACAAGGUAAGAAACAGACUAGUAUAUAGUUUAAGGGUCUGCUCUAGAGUAUUUUGGGACCAUUUUUGUGAUGAAGUUUUUCCAUCUUUUUUUCCUCCUCCGAGAUGCUUCUAUUCUCCAUACCUGUGUUGCACUGUACAUCUGGAUGGUAAGUCUUAUCUUUCAGUUUUGUAUGAUUUUCUACAGUGCUAUAUGUUUCAAUGCUCUUUUAAUCCAGGCUCCUCUUGUAAAUUUGAAAGAAUCUGGGUGCCUCCGAUACAUUUUCACUUUAGUAUAGGGAAAGAAAAAAAGGCUAGCACACAUACCACUUCCCCCCCCCCACCCAAUUGCUUAGUUUCUUAAGCAUCAAAUGGUUGCCCGUUAUACUGUAAAAAGAGGGGGGUCAUUGUUGUAAAAUUUCAUACUAAUUGCCAGCAUUCACAAUUAUAUGUACAUCCACUUUGUAAAAUUUUCCAUUUUUUAUUGUUGGGAAGAUGAAGAUGUGUUUUAAAUUACAAGAGAGUUUCAUUUCAAAUUAAGUGAUGAAGCCUCUUCCUUGUUACAAAAGCUUCUAAGAUCCAGGGGGUGUAAAAGAUACCUUUUAUGAUAGAAGAAAGAAUGGGGGGUUGUUUUUUUUAUAAAAAAAAUCUAAAUAGUAUUUGGUAUAGUUUUCCUGGCAAGUUAUCAUAGAUACACUAAAUGGAUACAUCUAAAUGGACCAGUUUGUCAAGAAAAUAGGUAAUGCUUAUUGUGCUCAAUUUCUUGAUUUCAUUUCAUGUCUGGAGACAGAAGUAUUCCAAAUAGUAACUGAGACAGGCAUGAAAAUGGUUAAGAAUCAAAUUUGCCUUUU